AUAUCCGGGAUUCUCCGGGCGCAGCUCAGAUCACCUGCAGCCAGGGAGCGCACCAGCGACAGCGCGCUUUUCCUUACUAACAGAAAAAAGAAAAAUAGAGGAGAAAAAUCUGUUUUGUCUACGAAAAAAAAACAAACUCCAUCCUUAGAUUUGCAAGUAUUUUUAUUUUUAGAUUUUAUUGUCUAAUCAUGCAGGAUAAAGGCGCAUUUUUCAGCCCCCUUUGCAGACCGCGGUGUCUGGCGGCAGCGGCUCCGGCUGGAAGAGCGAAACUAACUCAUCCUGGAAAAGCUAUUCUGGCAGGUGGAAUCGCCGGUGGCAUAGAGAUCUGCAUCACUUUCCCCACAGAGUACGUGAAAACGCAGCUACAGCUGGACGAGAAGGCCAACCCGCCGAAAUACAGAGGAAUAGGUGAUUGUGUGAAGCAGACAGUUCAGAGUCACGGUGUUAAAGGACUUUACAGAGGACUCAGCUCACUGCUGUAUGGAUCCAUACCCAAGUCUGCAGUCAGGUUCGGCAUGUUUGAGUUCCUCAGUAACCGGGCGAAGGAUGAGAACGGCCGACUGGACAGCACCCGUGGCCUCCUCUGUGGGCUCGGCGCGGGCGUCAUGGAGGCCGUGCUGGUGGUCUGUCCCAUGGAAACCGUUAAGGUUAAAUUUAUUCAUGACCAGACGUCGGCCAAACCCCAGUACAAGGGCUUCUUCCACGGAGUGAGAGAGAUUGUCAGGUCACAAGGACUAAGAGGGACAUAUCAGGGUUUGACCGCGACGGUCCUCAAACAAGGCUCCAACCAGGCUAUUCGCUUCUUUGUAAUGACGUCUUUAAAGAACUGGUACAAAGGUGAUGACCAAAACAAAACUAUUAAUCCCAUCAUUACCGGGGCGUUCGGGGCAAUAGCAGGGGCAGCCAGUGUAUUUGGAAACACGCCCUUAGACGUCAUCAAGACAAGGAUGCAGGGUCUGGAAGCUCAUAAAUAUAAAAGCACACUGGACUGCGCUUUGAAGAUCCUCAAAUAUGAAGGCCUGGCAGCCUUUUACAAAGGGACCAUUCCCCGGCUUGGCCGUGUGUGUCUGGAUGUAGCCAUUGUGUUCAUCAUCUAUGAGGAGGUUGUGAAGGUCCUGAAUACUGUCUGGAAGACAGACUGAGCUGCUGGUUGUGCAGGAAUGCUGGCACAGAUCUAGGUUUGCCAGAUCUCAUCUGUAUCAUAAAACCAGCUAUGAACAGACUGGGGUGAAUGGCUGCACGUAGAUCUGCGUCAUAUGCUGACCUCUAUGUCAAAAUGCAGAUAAACAGAGGCUCCGGAGUAAAGAAAAGCCAGAAUGGAUGCUUACAUCUGAACAGCUGGAGGUGAAGCAGAGCCUUUAUACUUCACACCGAGACUUCUUCCUCACAAAGUAAAGAAAAAGAGUCUUUUAUAGUUUAGAAAGAUUACAAAAUUAGUUAAAUCACUGUGAAAAAGCUGUGUUUUUGGCAUUAAGAUUUAUUUUUAAAAGCAUUUUUAACGCAUUUGCUUCAUUUUUGUCAUAAUCCAAUCAUAAUCUGUCUGUCCAAAUUUAUUUUAAUGAUGUUUACAACAAUAAUUUAGGUGUUAUUGAUGUGCUUUUGUCUCUUCUGCGGUUGGUUGAAGUUUACAUGCAUACACACACACACACGCCCACCCUCCCACACGCACCCCACGCACACAGAUAGACCUUUAAUUAAUGUAAUUUUACACUUAGAGUAUGCCAGUUAUUUUUAUAUAGUAUAGCAUAAAAUAUGUUUUUAAAAGUAUCUUUGUGUAAUUUACUAUAUAUCAAAUCUGUGCCAAAAAUCAAAUGGUUUAUUCAGAGUAAAAAAAUAUAUGACUCAAAUAAUUUCAGAUAAAAUAUUAAAGUUGAUCUUUUUAUUUGAAUAUUAAAAGUGAAUGUAUUUAUAAAGAGCUGAAUGUUAAAUUUAAUCAAGACCAUUUGCUGUUAAAGAGUGCCAAAUGUGUUAAGUAUGUCAUGCAUUUCUAUUAUCAAAUGCUGUAAAGAUGUUUAUGAGAUUAUUUCACCUGUUGGGUUUCACUGUGAAUUACCUGAACUACCCCAAUCCAGUCAUUUUUUAAAAUAAUUGUAAUACUGGAGCCUGCAGUAGUUACAGCGCCGUAAACCAUCCGAAUUAUGGCAACACAGGAAAAGAUAUGAAGAAAAUCAUCAAAUUAUUUAUCUUUUGUCUCAGAAUGCAUAAUCUCAUAUUACAUUUUUUAAAAAUAAUGCAACCCUUAUGCUCUUGCAAAGUGUUUAUUUGAUUUAUGUUUUACUUUUAAAAUUUGAUUAAUAAAACUUUCUAGUCUGGAAUUAUUAUUUAUAUUUCCCUGGGGAGUAAAUGUAAUGUGACAUAGAGACCCAUUUUUCUUAGUUACUCUUGAAAAUUGGAAAAACAAUAGAACAUUAGAUUAGGCAGUAAGAUUAAGAAUCAAGCCAUAAUUAUUACUUUUUAAAUAAUUUAUUACUAGAUUUUAAAAAAUAAAAAAAACUGUGACAGAGAGUGCUGGGUGAAAACUUUUCCGUUUCUUUUAGGCUUUUUGUCAACAUUUUUACUGAGGGUGCCAAUAAUAGUUGAUGUUGAGUUAUUUUGUUACUGUUUCAGACGGAUAUUAACUCUAUUUCUUUUAAAUUAAACAUUUAUUUAACCAGAUUAAAACCCAUUUAGAUCAAGACCUCUUUCAAGUCAUAAAAGACAAGACAAGUAAACAGAAAUAACAAAAAUAGACAUUAGAAACAUAUAAAAUGCAAACAAUUUGACAAUUAAAUAUAAAAUAAGCUCCUCACAUCAGUGUCACAAGAUAAAUCCAAAGGAACUCUUAGAGUUUACGGAAAACUAACCAUCUUCCUUAGAAAUUUCCACUUAUAGUCUCACCUUUUUACAUUUCUUAGACUUUUGUAAAACUAAGCAGAAGAAUCAUAAGAAGAGAUCGUUUUGUUUGCUUUGAGGAAAAGUUUGAUUUAUUUAAAUCCUGAGCAGUUCACGUUUAAAGCAGACGUCCAUUCAGGUUCUCACUCAUGUGCCUUUAUGCUGAUGUGUUCGAUGGUGAAAGCUUUGUCUGAGGUGUCUGUGGUUCGUUUUACUUGUGAUGUGCAAACAGUCCUAACUGGUGUAACUGUAAUGAUUGUAGUAAAAUUAAAGCCUAGUUUCAUUAUUUAUGAAAGUAAAUCUUUAUUUUCCUGCUUUUCCUGACAAAGCAGUUGUAUUCUGUGUAGCCAAAUGUUGUCUAAAACAAAACGUGAUUCUGAGACUAUAUCGGUGUGUACCAGAAGUUGUAUGUGUAGGUGUGUUUAGGCUGUGAGGGUGACUAAAAUGAUGUUUGUGCAAUAAAUGCUGCCCCCUUUUUUUUUGUCAGUA